CUUUCUCUCUUAUUUCUUUAUUCCCUGAGAAGCGUGUCUUUUUGUAGAGCUCUACGCAAUCCUCUCCAUUCCUCUCAUCUCCCUACCCCUCGAUAAUAUCCCCAAAAUCGCCAACAAUGUUCAAAAAGAAGCCAACCAUCAAGCCCCUCGCCCCUCUACGCUCCUCCGACCGCCGCAAACUCGCCGACCAAAUCAUCCGCGACUUCCACCUCGAGCCCGACACCGUGCCAGAAGCAGCAGAAGAACAAUCUGCAGAAGACAAAGCGGCAGCAACGAAUGCCCGCACCGCCCUGCGCAACUCCCUCUUCCCCGACAACGUGCAAUCCGCCCGCUUUACCACCACCCAAGGCGCGGACCUCAAGCAAGUUUCCGGCACAGUAUACGUUGGCAGUCAGGAUGGAGGUGAGGGGAGGAUUCUGUGGUUUCAGAUUGAGGGGCGGUUAUAUCCCUCCGUGUACACAUUAUGGAGGAAUGCGGACAUCAUCCCGCUAUUACACACCGCGCCGAUCGCGAUGCAGAAGCUGCAGGGGGGCGCGGAUCUCAUGACUCCAGGUCUGUUUGGCGGCCCGCCGUUUCCGGAGGCGGCGAAGAAGGGUUCUGUCGUGGCUGUGGCGAGCAUAGAGCAGCCCUCCGUGCCGGUGGUGGUGGGCUGGUGUGAGAUUGACGUUUCGACGCUUGGGAGCGUGCAAGGGACGAAAGGCCAUGCGGUGAGGAAUAUGCAUUGGUCUGGAGACGAGGCUUGGAAUUUUGGAGUGACUGGACGGCCGGGUCAGGCGGCUCCUGAGCAGAUUGACGGCUGGACAAAGGUGUUGGAGACGAGGGGUCUGGUUGAGAAGAUACGGGGACUGGAUCUUGGUGAGGAAGGUGAUGAGGGGGGUGUUCCUCUAGCCAAUUUGAAUGGGAUCGAACCGUCGAAAGAGCAGAGUCAGGGAGUGAACGAGGCCGGACAAGCGGAAGAUGAGACGCAAUCCCGAGAGCUGACGCAAAAAGAGAUCGACGAGGCUUUCCGCAGCGCCUUCCUCUACGGCGUACAUCAUCACAAAACGUCGAACCCCGGCACCCCCAAUUUCGGACUGGCCUUCCCGCUAUCACAAUCUUUCGUCAUGUCCAAUCUGGUUCUCCCCUUUCUACCUGCCUUCACGCCUGCAGAAGCACAACAACUACAGAUCAAGAAGACGAGCUGGAAGAACAUCAAGAAAUUCGUCAAGUCCCUGGACAAGGAGAAGAUUCUGAAGUCCAAGGAAAAGGACGGGCACGAAACGGUCAUCCUCGACAUUGAUUUCGACGAUGCAGCGAUCCUGAACUUCAAACCUUACCGACUACCCAAGAAGGAAACCGCGGCAGGUACGGCUCAAGGGCGGGGCGAAAAGGCAACAGAGCAAGCGGAUGCAGGCGACGAUUCCAUCGGCCAGCAAUUGAAGCUAGUCUCAUUCUUCAAGCCGACGACUAAACUCCAACCCCUCUUCACAACCACCACAAAGCAACUCCUAACACCCCCGGAAGUCCGCGAAAUCGUAACAGCCUACAUCGAGUCCGAAGCGCUGGUGCAAGAAAACAACAAGCGCCUCGUCAAACUCAACCCCACCCUCGCCAACAACGUGUUUGACGGCACAGGGAACCUCGACAAAGAAGUCAUCGCCAAGGGCUCCGUGCCGCGCGACGCCCUAAUCGACCGCGUGCUCCACGGCAUGGCGCCCUCCUACGCCAUCAUCCGCAACGGCGACGACUCCAACGCCACAAAAGCGAAAAGCGGCUCCCCGCCGAAAAUCCACAUCGCCCUCGAAACACGCUCCGGCAACAAAACGGUGACCAAAGUGUCUGGAUUGGAAGCGUACUUUGUCAACCCGAAGUUGCUGGCCGACGAGUUGCGCAAGGUGUGCGCGGGCAGCACGAGCGUGGAGGCGUUGGCGGGCGCGGCGAAGAAGAAUGAGCGGCCGGUGGAGGAGGUGAUGAUUCAGGGGCCGCAGGGGGAGGCGGUGCUGAAGGCUCUGGCGAAGAGGGGCGUUGAUAGGCGGUGGGUGGAGAUGGUGGAUAAGACGAAGGGGAAGAAGAGGUGAUGGACUUGAUUCCUGACGGCCUAGAGAAUGUAGAGAUGUGUCGUGCUUGACCAUUCGGGUUGUCCUCCGUACUCUUGUUCCGAUGGACAUGGUGAACUUUGUUCCGACCUCACGUCAACGUCAACAUGACGAAGAAGUGCCCUUUAAAACAAAGCACACUCCUGUCUCCAUCUCUCACAUGCUUGCCUCACCGAAAUCAAUAUGUAUUUGCACAAGACAUGCCCGAGUCAACUCCCGAACGCUGCGUCGGCAGUGGAGCCCUUCCAAUUGCCGAAAAGCUGGGCCCUGCGACUUCACCUGCUUGGAGGGGCGGCGAGACAGAAUGAUGCAUGUGG